AUGUCAUCGUCGAGGUACCAGAGUCGGCCAAAGGUCUUGGCUGUGCGCUGCGGCAAGCGCCGAGCAGCCUUGUCUGCUUGCAGCAGCACGCGCCGGCGACGGAGGGUCACUGAUUCUGACGCCGCCAACACUAAGGACGCGUCGUCCUCGUGGGCAUCCCUGCCCGAGGAUCUGGUGGACCUGAUCGCGUGGCGGGUGCUGGCGGUCGACUUGCGUGACUACGUCCGGCUCCGCGCCGUGUGCGCGCACUGGCGCUCCAGCACCGCCAGCCCGCGAGGCCGCGGCAUCGUGGACCAGCGCUUCCACCCGCGGCGGUGGAUGAUGCUGCCCGAGGGCCACGGCCUGUACCCUGGCCACGGCAAGCUGCGCGGGUUCGUCCGCUUCUUCAACCUCUCGACGGGCGCCUUCGUCCGCGUCCACCUCCCGCUCUUCAGGGACCACUGCGUCCUCGACUCCAUCGACACCGCCGCCCGCCUCCUCAACCCCUUCACCGGCGACAUCCUCGACUUCCCGCCUGAGGAGACCCUCCUACCGUACGUGGGCACGUUGCCGCACCGAAGCAAGUGGAUCUAUAUCAGACAUGUCAGUGCUAGCUCCAUGAACGUGAGCGCGGAUGGAGUCGUCUCGCUCAUGAUCUUUGGGGGAUGCGGUUGGUCCAAGAUAGCCUGCUACCUCCAGGGAACAGCGAUGGAGAGUUUCAAGCUAUUUUGUGGAUCAAUACUGCAGUCCACUCUCGUUCCAAGGCAAGAUAUAUGUGUUGAGGUGUACUGA